AUGGAUCCACUUCCUUCUGGAAAGACUACUCUUGCAGAUCUCCCCUUGGAGUUGUGGUUCCUGACGUGUUCUUUCUUACCUAACCGGGACAUCAAGUCGUUGAGGCUGGUAGAUCGGGCAGCUUGGUCGAGGACCGCGCUGCGGCUAAGCCGGGUGUUUCUAUCGGCCAGCCCGCAGGAUAUUGACGUUUUCCGCAAGAUUGCAGACCACGAAUGCUUCCGCAGAGGAAUCACGGAGAUCAUCUGGGACGAUGCCCCUUUGCCAAACGGCCUAGAGGAAGAGAGGAGAGACGAUACGGCGACAUACGCGAUUAGAGAGGACAGCUAUCCUGGCUGGUUUUUUAGGAGCUGUGAGUACAACAAGAGAUGCCUAAGGGAGCAUUACAAGCAGAACCGACGCCAGGCGGAAGAGUUGAUUGCCGCGAUGUUGCCCGUGACAGAAUCGUGGGCGUAUUUUCGGCGUUGGCGCGAAAAGCAACUACGCGUGAUUUCGACGGGAUCCGACGCGGCUGCCUUUGCCUACGGACUACGGCGAUUUAAGUCUCUGCGAAGAAUCCAGGUGACAGCGGUGGUACACGGGCGCACGAUUGGCUUCCCACUGUACGAAACGCCGGCGAUUCGGGCGCUUCCCAGGGGGUUUAACUACCCGCUUCCCCGUGGCUGGAUUGAGAAUGAAGAGAGCGGCGAUCAUAGCAUCAACGCCGGUUUCGACAGCGCGCCGUACGCUAAUCCUUGGCCGUGGCGUGGAGUGCGAAUCUGUCUUUCACAGCUGGCAAAAGCUGUCGCUUGCAGACAAGAAGGCGACAAAACACCGUGCCGGAUCACAGACCUCUCGCUUCAAGAUGAUAUCUACGACGUAGGCAUCAACUCCCGGAUGUUUGAAGAAGAGCUGUGUCCGACAUACGACAGCCUGGUCACAAGUCUUCGUCGACUAGACUUGCGUCACUUCCACCUAUCGCUGGCCGUCGACGACCAAAGACAUCGAGACUGGCAGGCGUUUCGCAGCAGACGCCUGCAGAGCGCAUUAGCAGCCAUUGGGCCGAUGCUCGAGAGCCUGACGUUGGGCACAAACUUGCUGGCUAACAUGGCCAGUAUAGACCUGGCGCAUCACGUGCCGUUGAAAACAAUCUUCCCACCUGGUGUCGCAAAGUGCUGGCCGCGCUUAGAUACGCUUCGGUUGUAUGGCUUCUGGGUCACAAAGACCGAUGUGAUCGCACUUCUGGCGUCUCUGCCCAGGACUGUGCGGCGCAUCAUCCUAGGCGAGCUAGAAUUUGUCGACGCGGAAGACAACUGGCGCGGACUGCUGUACGCGAUGCGUGAUACGCUGGGAUGGCGCGAGCGGCCGGCAGCCGAACGACCCAGCGUGGCUAUAUUCAAGCUGACCGAUAAUAACGGCAGCCGGCGGCUGGGACAGUCGACGUGGGCGGAUGCAUCGACGAAUGAAUUCUUGUAUGGGGACGGCAUAUGCCCAUAUGGGGAUCUGGAUGAUCCCCUGCCCAACAAAAUGACGGCAAAGGUAGUGACAGAGACGCGGGAUGCGGUAGAUCUUGCAAAUAGCGGCACAACGUGGACCUCGUGA